GCUGAGAGCUUGUGGAGCUCCUGAUGCCAGGCUGAGGUGGGAGGAAGAUAAAUUGGUCUCUUCUUUUGGUUUUUGGAGGCAAGGUCUUGCACUCCAGACUUGUCAGCCUUCCAGGCUUCUGGGCACACCUCUUCUCAGCUAUGAGUAGAUCAAUAGGAUUUAACAUCUGCAUAGUCACCUGCAGCAUCCUGCUCUUGUCCUCUGGUCCACCAUGCCUUGCAUCUCAGUCACUGGAGGACAGGGACAUGACAAAGGUCCAACAUGGCCCCUGGGCAGGGAAUGGGGUGGACGAUGAAAGGACAAGCAUGCUGAACUUGAAAAAUAACCUUGGUCCUUCUGAGCAGACUGUCUCUGAAGAGCCAUGUGGAGUGUCAGCAAAACCAUCUGGGAUGCCCUUAAAUGAUGCUUUCACUGCAGAAGGGGAAAUUCUGCCUGCAAGCCCAAGCCAUGUCAUCCUGGGCAGCCAGGGCCCAGGUGCUCACAGCUCUGCUGGGGCAGUGGCUGCUGUAGAUGAGGAGGAGGUUGGUCCCACAAAGUCAGAGCUGGAUGAAGAUGAUGUGUUCAAGGCCAUGCUGACCACAGCUGUGACCAUGCUGAGCCCUGCUGUCCAGGAGGAGUCUGUCGGUGGCUCCAUUGGUGAGACCACCACAGAGGGUGAUGUUGAAGUAGAGCACAGCACUGCCAGCCUCACUGCAAACCCCCUUUCUGGGACAGCUGAGGAGGUGGUAGAGAGCAACUUGCACCCCUCGGCUGCACCCCAGGCCACUCUGUACUCCAGCUCUCCCAGCUGGGAAACAGCAAGUGACCGUGCUGUCACCCCAACUCCACAGGCUCAUGGCCUGAUCUCUGAGGUGGAAACUCCAAAAGCCCACACAGGGAGCCCUCUGAAGUCCCAGGCUGUGCAAGCAUCUGUGGCUGCAAAACAUCCCCCCAUGGUGACUGAGGCCUCCCUCUACCUGGAAGCAGGGACGGGUGUCAGGCAAGGAGAGCUGCCUGCCACGGCUGGCACUAUCACCGUCCACCGUAUGGACACUGUGCCGCCUGACUGGGAUGACACAAAACUAGGGGACAUAAGUCAAGGGGGAAGCAUGUCACAUGAGGAGGUAACAGAGGAUCUGGGGGCAACAGAACCAUCCCAGACCCCACAGGGAGUUGUGGGGGAGGAAGAAGAUGCAACAAGAGUGCUGCCAUCCCCAGCAUCCCCUCCACCAACUCCAGGGCUUGCCAAGGAGACCAACUGCUGCACAGUGCCAGUGCAAGGGGAGGAGAUGCCAGCAGCUCCCACAGGCAGUGGUGAUGCUCUCCACACUGCAAAUGUGACAGGUGUAAGCACAGCUGAUCUCAACUCACUGGAAAACAUAGAUGCAGUCACAGCAGAGGAGGGGAAAAGCAUCCUGCCAUCACAGCCAGAGGCUGCUGUGGUGACAGAUACACAGUCUGAUAUCUCUCCUACUCUGGAAAGCUCAUGGAAAGGUGUUACUCAGGAGGUGACAACAGUUGCCCAGGAGGCUGAUGCUGCUCUAUCAGUUGUGACACUGGUGCCUGCUGCUACCCAGGGAACAGGAGCUGCAAGCCUUCUGCAGGAGAACAGUGGGGAGGACACCCAGGUGCCAACUGCUCCUAGUGCCACCCAGAUGCUGGUGGCAACUGGUGCUUCCUCUAUGGUGAACACUCCAGAUGUAGAAGAUCUCACAGAUGUGGUCCUGGUCACCAGUGAGAAAGCUGUUGCAGCUCCUAGUGGAUUGUCUGCUACCCAGUCUGAACAGACAGAAGAGACAUCCAGCAGAACUGUGGUCCUAGUAACUCCAGCAUCAAUGGCAUCUUCUGUCAGGAGGACAGCUCUUCCAUCUGUGAGGAAGAUCAGUACAGCUGUGACCUAUGGGCUGGACCGCUUGGAGUCAGAAGAAGGUGAGGAAGAGGAAGAGGAGGAAGAGGAAGAGGAAGAAGAAGAGGAGGAAGAGGAAGAUGAGGAGGACAAAGACAUAGAUUCAAUGGAUGAAAGCAUGGAGGGUGACACUGAGCUGCCAGGCUUCACGCUUCCAGGAGAAACCUCUCAGGAGCCCAUAGCUGGCCUGGAAAACCCUGUGGCCCAGCUGGCUGGGGUGUCCUACCAGGUUCCCGACACCAUCGAAUGGGAGCAACAGAACCAGGGUUUGGUGAGAAGCUGGAUGGAGAAGCUGAAAGAUAAGGAAGGAGGCAUGUCUAGUGUGAUCUAUGCUCAUAGCAGAGCACCUUGGCCUGGGAUUCAGCCAGAGCGAAUGCUGAAAGGACAGAGAAUGGUUUUCCCGAUGAAGGCAGGAUACAUGUCAGGGAUGCUGGUUCCUGUAGGAGUUGGAAUAGCCGGCGCCCUCUUUAUCCUCGGAGCACUCUACAGCAUUAAGAUUAUGAAUCGCCGAAGGAGAAAUGGCUCAAAGAGACAUAAAAGAAAGCAGAGGGAAUUUAACAGCAUGCAAGACCGAGUCAUGCUCUUAGCUGACAGCUCUGAAGAUGAAUUUUGAAUUGAAUUGAACUGCAGUGCCCUUGUGAUAGCCUGUGACUUUUAAAGGAGGGAGGGGGAGAAAAAGAACAAGUGGCUUUCUGCUGCAUCGCUGCUCUCCGCCGCCCGGAGCCACCGAGCAGUGGUUGGUACCCCUCGGGCGAAACGGCAUGCUAUGCUCUACGUGUACCAUGCGGUGAUGUUUGUUUUGAUACAGUAGUGAGAUUCCACAUUCGCACCCGGCGCCUCAUUCAGAUCCACAGCGCGUCUUGUUACAGCUGGAGCUGAUACAUAUGGAUGAUUAUUUUCCUAUUAUACUGUUGUACUGUUUUGGUCCUGGCUGGCAGUAAUCUAAUCAUAACAAUAGAUCUCACCUAACCCGGGAAUGGGACUUCUGUCCAACUUGUUAAUUUUAAAUGUUACAUUACCUGAGCUAGAGUUCAUUAGUGCUAAUAUUAGCUGCUCUGCUUAAUUAAUGAGUUAUACACUUGAAGUGUAUCCCUUGCCACCUGAGAAGUGCCCAAGUACAGUGUUGUUGAUACAGUUUGAAGCACAUUUCUGCACUCGGUUCCCCGACUCUCAGCCCUCCUUUCUUCCUUCAGCUCUGCUCCACUCUUCUUAGAGACACAUGGGAAUGGGCUCAACACUUGCUUCACAGCAGAAAUCAUAGUCCCAUUUUCAACCAGCACUGCCUGUUACAGCACAAUAAAUACCAGCACUCACCUACUGAUGGAUAGUCUUGCAUGGAUCUCUCAGCUUUUGUUCAGGGUGCAAGUAGGUAAGAGAAGAGGCAAGUCAGGGGUUUCUUCAGCUUCUGCCUGUGUUUGAAGGACACUAGUUUAUCUGUUUCACAAGGCUGUGUUCAUAUAGAGAUGAAAGCAGAGCAUCUGUCUCCUUUAUGCCCUGGAAACUACAUUUGCCACCCCCAGAAAGCUGCGUGAAUGGCAGCACCUUUGGGGGAUCUGGAUGGGUCUUGUCUCCACGCUGCUGAAUGCAGGAAGGCACCACAGUUUGCGGAGCAGGUGGCUGUCGGUGUUGAGGGAUUUGUGGGUAAUAGUUGGAAAGCAACAGCAGCCACAGCUGUAGAGAUAUCUGCUAUGGGGAGGGGAAAUGGUCGUGCUGGGGAGCCCUUGGCCAUGGGGGAAAAUCUGAAGCUGUGACAGAUGGCUGCAAGGGUUGCGGCGGUGAAGCCCAAGGGUGACAAUGGGUGAGGGCAAGCUGCCAUGCUGCCUGGGCUGCUAGCACCAGGUUGCAGAGGGAGACAGCCAGUGUCUGAGAUGUUACUGGAACUGGGCAAGGGAAAUUAAUGUUGCUUUGCACAGAAAUGCUGUCAAAAUAUCUAGAAAAAGGGCUGCAUUACUUUAUCUCUGCUUCCGGUUGUGAAAUUACUUCAAUCUGACAUUUAUGCAAAACAUCCAUGUUUCUGAGGUGGGAAUCACUGUUCUGUGGGGCCUCAUCCUUCAUUCAAGCAACAGCAACUCUUGCUGGAGGAGACCUGAUUAGACAAAUAAGGCCAGACCACAUAUCUACUGAGAUUAAAUCCCACUGAGUCUUUGAAGAAGUAGGAGGAGAGUUUGAGGAGGGGCAGGUGCAGGAUUUCAUUCCUUCACCUUGUAAAGGUGAAAAGGCCUCUCAGGUUGUGAAGUGUAGAUGUAGAUGAUGGUAAGCAAAUGUCUCAUGGGCAUGUGAGUGAGUUUGCAACAUUCGGAAGACCUGCCUGAAGCUCAGUUCUCUCUUGAGAGGGUCAGGGCCUCCUCCGGACAUUAAGUCAUCAGAUGUGAUGUUCAGCUCUGAACAAGCAGUGUUCUUCAGAGCCCAAGUGCUUUUUUGUAGGCCUUACCCACACACCUACCAAGUCACCUAGAGAAGGACAGGUGGGACGACCUGUAUUCAAAAUGCUGCUACUGAUGCUAGUCUUCCAGCCGAAAAGCUGUGCAUGGUCCCUCACACAUUCAUCCCGCUGAGUGCGUGGGAAGCAGGUUGGGGGAGGCACAGUAAAACCUGGUCCAUCAACAUAUUAGGGAGUCUUCAUACCCUAAUCCUUCUAGGACAGGCUUUCCCAGCCAGGGCUCCACAGUGCUUGCAUCCCUCCCUUUUCACUCCUGAAAUGCUGACCAGGGGAAUUCUGCCUUGCUAAAAGCAGACCCACAUCUUAAACAGGCACUGACUGGCAGCUCACUGUUAAGUCCAGGUGCCCCUACCCCAAAUAAAAGCCUCUUUCUUCCAUAACAAAUGAUCAGUCCAAGCUAAGAAGAACUUUUCCUCCCGCACUGAUCUCUCCCUAUUUCCAUCUCAUUCCUAAGUCUCUUGGAGCUUGGCGGCGGUCGGGAGGUGUUAACAGUCCAGUUGAGCAUUAUUGGCUGUCUUGCAGUUUUGGGAAUCAGGAAAUAUUGUCCCUUGGGCUUGUUGAUAAUUUGUUCCUGACAAGGCUUGAUGAGGGUUGCAAGGUUGAAUGACUUCUCUCCUCCAUUCCAGUUUGCUUGAGAUCAUCUCCAGAAAGGCUUUUCUUUUAAGUACAGCACCAGACAGGCUGGGAACAAGACUACAUAGGCAGCUGCAAGAUGUUCUUGAAAUGCUUUACCCUGGUCCAGCCAGGGAGGCAUGGCAUUGGCCUCUCUGCAAGAGGGAGUCUGUCCUGGAGCAGAAAGGACAGUAGCUGGGCUGACUGGGUCCUUUGCACGCAACUGUAGCCUGAAAGAGAGACCUGAGAUAACACUGGAAAAGAGGAGCUGUCAGUGAUACUGCAGAACAGAGCAGAUGUACCAGCAAGACCCAAACAGCUGGGUAUCAGCAGGGUUUUGUGCAAUAACAGCCUGCGAAGGACAGGCUCCUCUUGCUUUCCUGUUAAUGGUACUGUGCCUGUGCCGUGUGUGGCAACGGCACAAGUUGCGUUAAGUAACCGAUAAAACGCAGAGCUCCUGGCCAGUCGGGAGGAGGAGGGAUGGCUGGGCGAGGCUGCUGGUCUGAGUGCAAGUACCUUGGCUCCAGCAGCGCGGAAGGAGCUUUAUGGAUGGGUUGUCAAUUUCUUGGAUUGGAAAGGCUGGUGGGGAGGUGCUGUGGCCUUCCCUUGUGCUAAUAAAUCCACAGUUUGGGAAGCACUGACUUUCUACAGUGGCAAUCAGCUUCACUGUCUCUUUUCUCCCUCCCCAACAUAAUGAACUUAAAGGCAAUGCCACCAGUCAGAAUGACGAAGGCGGUGUUUUAGUGCAUCGGCUGGGUGCCCUGGUGUCCUCAAGAACCAGGCUUCACUCGGUGAGGACAUGGAGUGGGCAGCUGGGAUGCUGGAAACCAGCGAUGCCGAAAGUGGGGCUGACAAAUGGUUGCAAUAUCAGAGCCGUUACACGACAAGAAUGGUGGGACAAACUGGGCAAGCAGGAGGGUUGUAGCUAAAAGGGAGGCCCAGCUGAAUGCACAGUUCAGUGUUGGCUCUCUGGUCUGUGCUGGAGCCGGACUUGUGGGUGAGCAGGGCUGCCCAAAGAUUUUGUUUGUGGUCCAGCUUCACUCCCAGGCCUGUCUCUGGCUCUCAACACCACCAACCAAGGUGUCUUGGCCGGGAGCUGGUGGUUGGCAGAAGACUACUGUUGGCCAACUUUCUGAGCCACUCAGCAGUGCAGAGAGAUCCCAAGUGAUGUCCAUUUGAAGUGGAGAUGUUUGUUGACUAGUUGGUUUUGGUUAGGCACCUGCCUCAGAGCCUGGAGGCUCCCCAUGUCUUCAGCUUAAUUCUUCUUGGGGUGGAGGCAAGGGGGAGUCAAAACCAGCCUCGGGUCCCAGUGAAGGGUGUAGGAGCAUUUCGAGCACAGACAGGGUUUUCUGCAGUGCCCCUGAUGUCAGUGCAAUUUCUGCAGGUCCUUAAAGCACAAGCAUCCUUCGGCUCUUUCCCUUCUCAUCCAAGGCCAGUAGACUUUGGAUUGGGCUCUUAAAAGUAUUCUCUAUACAGCUCCUGGAGUUUGAUUCAUUUGCUUGAAAUUAUCAGAUUUCAGGGAGGGAGGAGGGUUUCAGGUGGGAGCUGAAGCCUCCAGUCUCCCAACACUCUACUCAUUUAAUCAAUACCUCUGCAUUGCCAAACAAGCAGAUUCUUUUGAAAGAGACAGGACAUGAAAAGCAGCCAAGAAGUGCCCUGCUCGUCCUCCAUGCUAGGUGAAUUGCAAGGCCCUGAAUGUAAAGGUGAGUUGUUGUGACACUGCUAACGCAGCCUUGGCCCCAUGCAAAGGCACAGCUGCGAUGGCAACUUCGCUGCAGCAAUAAUAAUCUCUUGACUCAGCACAAGAUGAGUCGUUCGCCUCUGUUUUUGGGUUUUCCUGAUAGCACAAGCCAGAGUUUAUCGUAGGCAUCACACAACCACUUCAGCAUCUACAGUCCCAUUUCCAACGAGAGGAACCAGCCUGCCUGAUGUGCAGCCCUUGCCCUUCUGAAAUGCACCUGUACUCUACAGCUGCUGAUUUUUUAAGGUGUCUCCUAUGCCAGAUGUUCACCCUAGGUGAGGUUUCUCUGGACUGCACUGCUUCCAUAGAGUGAUAUUAGCAGUCCUUGUGUUUUCUUGUGGUUUUCUAUUUCAGACAAGAACAACUCCUCAUACUGUAACUAUGGAAUGUAGCACUUUGUUAAAUUAAAACAUUGGGAAAUAAAAAGCUGUCCAUCAUAUCUUA